AUGGAAGAAUCACGCAGUCGAAUCCUGAUAAUUGGAAAGCCCAAAUCUGGGAAACUAACUCUGGCCAAAGGCAAUCCCCGACACAGUGUACUAAUAGAAACAGAAUUGACAGGGUCACUUCCAGAAAUUGAGGAGGGUGCGACUAGUCAUGCGUCGCUGAGCCACGAGUUCAAGAUCAGGAACAAGUAUUACUCUGCCGAUGUUGGGAUCUGGAUAGAUGAAUUUGAAGACCCAGAUCAAUUGAAACCAGAACAGGACCCGAACCAGGAAAAUGUCACGAAAAACUCGCCGGAGAGUCGGAUAAGCACUGUAGCACGGUGGGCUCAGGAGUUCUGUUCAGAUGAAGCCAGAGAGGUUCGAGACGUGCUGGGUGCUGUGAUAUUCACAUUUGAUAAGUUUGAAGAGGAAGAUGCUCGACAAGUAAAGCUGUUUUUAGACAAACUCAAUGAUGAGGACUGGGAUGGACUGGCUCUGGCAGUCAGUAAAGGAGAUGUCGAGCAUGAGACUGCCUGUAUAGACACGCUAGAAGAACUGGGAUUCGACUAUAUCCAGGGAACUACCAAACGACCCGACGAUACAAGCUCUGACGAGUAUCAUGACAUGUCAGGAAUAGAGCAAGUGAAACAGGCUUUAGAAGUGGUUCCAUGGACAUUCGCACAAAAAGAACUCGAUGACCAGGGGGAACUGGGCCCUGAGGAACCAGGACCCAGUCUCAACUUCACUCUCCCUGCCAAAUCAACUGCCCUCGAGCAAGAUAUCUCAUCAUCGACAUCAAUUGAUAUGGCAGCUGGUCCAUCUUCCACACAAUCAGCUGCUGACGCUACCUUUGAAGACCUCAUCCGCAACAUGAGCACGCCCAUUCUGGCCGAAGACGGCGGCUCAGAAGCCUCUGUCGACAAAUUCGACGCUUUUCUUGACAAGCUCCGCAGGGCCAGAGGUGAGUUUUGA